GUUUCGGAAAUAUGCAUGCUACUCUGCUCAUCACGACUUACAUAACCUAGUCAACCCAACUGCGUUGAAAGUAUCUAUAGCAAACAAGUGAUCAAGGUACACAUCAUCAAUAACAAAAUAUACUACAUCAUGAACACCUUGAUAUGAUAAACUAACACACAAAAUCUUUGCUGUAGUAUACCUGGCAAAAAUAACUGAUUCUAAUCAUGAGAAAACAUCAGAGGAAAGCAAAUCUAGGGACAUUUAAAAAAAUUGUUGACCAAUAAUUUUCAAAAGUGUCAAAGCUGAGGGUUUGCGAAGGAACAUGGAAGGGCAGAGAGCAUGGGACAAGGAAUAGAUAUACCAGGCUGACGACUCAGCUUUAAAGAACUUACAGGCUUUGCUCUCCAAGCACAUGGGCUUGGACCUCACCAAAAAAAUCCUCACUCCCCAACCGCCUAGAAAGACUUUGCCCUACCCCUACGGUGCGACCCUGCCUCCUUGACCAGUUAAGCCAGCCACCACAUUUCCCACUACCUGCUCCGCUGGGUGCCCCGGGACCCCCUGGCGCACUAAUGACCUCCAGGCCUUCUGGGCAGAGCUUGCCAAAGCGCCUGGGCCCUCCCCAUGGCUCCGCCCACAUCCCGGCUCCUCCUCCCCCGACAUGCACUUCCCGCGACGCCUCGGUGCAGCCCCCAGCGAAGCCCCGCGCAGCUUAGCUAACCUCAGCGGAGCGAGCGCGGCGCGAUGGACGGUCGGGUGCAGCUGGUGAAGGCCCUCCUGGCCCGGCCCCUCCGGCCCGCGGCGCGUCGCUGGAGGAAUCCGAUUCCCUUUCCCGAGACGUUUGACGGCGAUACCGACCGGCUCCCGGAGUUCAUCGUGCAGACGGGCUCCUAAAUGUUCGUGGACGAGAACACGUUCUCCAACGACGCCCUGAAGGUGACGUUCCUCAUCACCCGCCUCACGGGGCCCGCCCUGCAGUGGGUGAUCCCCUACAUCAAGAAGGAGAGCCCCCUCCUCAGUGAUUACCGGGGCUUCCUGGCUGAGAUGAAGCGGGUCUUUGGAUGGGAGGAGGACGAAGACUUCUAGGCCGGGAGACCCUUGGGCCUUGGGGCGGGUGUUCUGGGGAGGGUCCGCUGUGCCAGUGGCCACCGCUAGGGUCUCCACAGGCGCCCUCCCUCCGCGCCUCCCUCCCUCUCGAGCCGCCGCGAUGUCCCCUGCGCUCCCGUUCCCUCCCGCGUAGUGCUUGCCUUUGUUCCAGGAAUAGCGCUCCAGGCUCCUGCUGCCGCCCCUGGGCCCCACUCUGGAGCGGGCUGCCUCC